CUAUAUCUCUACAACACCAAAGACCUACAUUUUCAACACUCUUCACCAGCACUAGUUUGCUGAACAAUGGCAGAGCUAGAGAGCCCUAAUUUCAUGCCCAAACUCAUCACCUUCCUCUCUUCUCUCCUCCAAAGGGUGUCCGAAUCGAACGAUCUCAACCGUCGAUUUCAGCCCCAGAAAAUCUCUGUCUUCCAUGGCCUCACUCGACCCACCAUAUCAAUCCAAACCUAUCUCGAGAGAAUUUUCAAGUAUGCCAAUUGUAGCCCUUCGUGCUUCGUUGUUGCAUACGUUUAUCUCGAUCGCUUCGUGCAGAGACAGCCAUUGUUGCCCAUCAACUCCUUCAAUGUUCAUCGCUUGCUUAUCACUAGUGUCAUGGUUGCUGCAAAAUUCAUGGAUGAUAUGUACUACAACAAUGCUUACUAUGCUAAAGUUGGAGGAAUCAGCACAAAAGAGAUGAACUUUCUUGAAGUGGAUUUCUUGUUUGGAUUGGGUUUCCACCUAAAUGUGACCCCCACCACUUUUUACACUUGCUCUUCUCACCUCCAAAGAGAGAUUUUGCUUCAAAACCCACUAAAUUUAUCAGAAUCCUUCUUAAAAAUAGAAAGGUCACUACAGCUCCAAUUGAGUUUCAAUGAAGAUGAAGCCUCCCACCAUCAACUAGCUACUUAAGCUCCAAUGGAGCUCUAAAUCUAGUUAGAAUUAUAGAUUAUCUCUUCUUCUUCUUCUUCUUCUUUUUUUCCGGUUAUUUUUGGGGUAUUUUGGACUUAAAAUCAGUUAGUAUGUACAGAUGGAUGUCUUUUCUUUACAGUGUGUCUAUUCUAAUUAUUAUUAUUAUUUUCUUCUUCUUUUUUUUGUAUUUUUUAUUUAAUGAAAUAUUGGUAUUAUUCUGGUA